UACCAUUAGAGUGCUCAACCAUCUAUGUUCAAAAACCUCUCUAAGGAGACUCUCUAACAUUAUCUGUCACUCGAGCGACUAUAACCUUUUCAUGUUCUAUCUAUAAGUAUAAAACCAGUCAUCCAACGGUCUCUUAAAAGUCAAUAUUCUUUAGCUAAUAAAGAAUUCCAAUCCUUCCAACCAAAGUAAUCCAAAGAACAAACCCAUACAGAACACAACUACAUCCUGCAAUUCCUUAGAAAUAACAAAACACAUCGUAGAGUUUGACAAAUCAAAAACCUUUAUAAAUUUCAACCUUCAAAUUUAAUUCUCAGCCGGCCCGACAUUUAAAUUCCACCAACUAAUCACAUACACCUCCUCGCUCCGUCACCACCUAUAAAACCAUCAUCACCACCGCCACCAUCACCACCACCACCACUCUCCCACUUCUCACCGCCCCUCCAUCUCUCCCAUGGCCAUUUCGCUCGUCUUUCUCACCAUCACCACCAUCCUCUCCAUCUCCUUCCUCACCCUGCUCUUUCUCUUCCGCUUCCUAUUCUUCCGCCCUUCCAAAUCCUCAAACCUCCCUCCCGGCCCCCCCUGCUUCCCCCUCCUCGGCAACCUCCUCCAGCUCGCCCUCUCCCGCAAACAACUCAUUCACUACAUCCCCGACCUCAUUCCCCUCUACGGCCCUAUCUUCACUCUCCGGUUCGGCUCCCAAACUCACAUCUUCAUCACCAACCCCGAACUCGCCCACGAAGCUCUGAUCCAAAAAAGUCAACUUUUCGCCUCACGCCCGGCCGAAACCCCCAUCCGCAGCAUCUUCAGCUGCAACAAAUUCACCGUCAAUUCCGCUUUCUACGGCCCCGAUUGGCGCAUCUUACGCCGCAACAUGGUCUCCAACAUUCUCAGUCCCACCCGCCUCAAAACCUUCGAUUCCCUCCGCCAAACCGCUAUAAACCGAUUCAUCGAUCACAUCCGCGCUGAAUCCUCUUCCAACAGCGAAAUUUCGGUCCUCCGCAACACGCGCUUCGCUGUCUUCCACAUUCUGAUAUCGAUGUGCUUCGGCCUCGAUCUCCACGAUAACGAAAUUAAUAAGAUCGACAUUCUCAUGAAAAAAGUCCUCAUCACCGCUAGUCCUCAAAUGGACGACUUCUUACCUUUGAUCAAACCGUUCUUCGCCAAGAAGCGCGCGGAAGCAAUCAAAGUCCGAAAAGAGCAGAUCGACGCCAUUGUCCCCUUAAUCAACAAACGCCGCGGGAUUCUUGAAAACCCUGCGGCCCAUCCCGACGCCACAAACUUCUCAUAUCUCGAUUCGUUGCUCGAUCUCCAGGUCAGAAACUCCGCCCCGCCCACCGACGCCGAGCUGGUGACUCUCUGCUCGGAGUUUCUGAACGGGGGAACUGACACCACCGCCACUGCGAUCGAGUGGGGAAUCGCGGAGCUGAUCGAUAAGCCAUCGAUUCAAUCAAGAAUAUACGAAGAGAUAGCUGCGGUGGUUGGGAAAUAUGCGCGGGUAAUAAACGAGAAUGAUACGGAAGGAAUGGUUUACCUUCAGGCGUUUGUGAAGGAACUGUUGAGGAAACACCCGCCGGCGUAUUUCACGUUAACGCACGCGGCGGUGGAGGAUGGGAAGUUGGGGGGUUACGAUGUGCCGAAAGAUGCUAAUUUGGAGAUAUAUCUUCCAGCGAUAGCGCAGGAUCCGAGGCUGUGGAAGGACGCCGGGGAGUUCAAGCCGGAGAGGUUCUUGACGGGAGGGGAGAAUGCGGAUAUGACAGGGGUGAAGGAGAUAAAGAUGAUACCUUUUGGGGCGGGGAGGAGAGUUUGUCCGGGAAUGGGGAUGGGGAUGAUGCAUAUAACGCUUCUGCUGGCGAGGAUGGUUCAGGAGUUUGAGUGGCGGAAUCCGGCGGAGAAGAAGCUUAAUUUUGGAAGCAAGUUUUUGUUCACUGUAGUCAUGGAGCGGCCGCUGAGGGCCAUAGCGGUGCCUAGGAAGUAGUGCUUGUGGGCUCAUCAAUAUACUUAAAAUAGUUUAUAUUAAUUUUAGUCAGAUUAUUCUGACAUUAUUUUUUUAUAUUAUAUUAUUUAUGAAAAGUUAUAAGUUUUUUUUUUUGAAUUAUGAUAUUGUGGGUGAAAAAAAAAGGACAGAUGAUUGUUCAACUAAGAUAAUUUAUAUUAAUAUGUGGGUGGAUUUACUUAAGAGUUCUUUUUAUAUUUAUUUAUAUAAUUAUCUAAGAAUAUAACGAUUAUGUGCUAUUUAUAUUUUGUAAAUUUUUCUAAAAUAUAAUAUUGAUAUUCUUCUUGUGUUCAAUCAAA